UUCACUAAAAUAAGGGAAGACUCCUCAAAUACUUCUUGGCUGGGAUCUGCAUCCGUAUUGCAUCGUAAACACUUAUGGAAUUUUUUUAACGCAGCAUUUUAACUUUUGAAUAGUAAACAAGCUAUCGGUGCAGGAUCAAACACAUUACAAAUCCAGAUUUUUUUUAAAGUUACGGAACUGAUAAUUUUCGAUGAACAGUUUUAUUUAGGUGGGCAGAUCUGAGAGAACUCUUGUUUCCUUCUGCUCCCCUGUGCCGUGGCAGGAUUAUAGUUAUUUAUUGUAAUCCAUAAACGUAUAAUCCAUAAAACGAUUACACAGCUAUACAAUCAAUAAGGGUUGGGAAACAAACAAGGAUAUAGUAUGAGUAUUCCAAUUAACUGAAGAAAAAUCUUGGGGUUUUUUUCUUCAGUUAAUUAAGAAUGCCAAAGCUACCUAGGAAAAUUUCCUCUCCCUGUUUUUUUGCUGUCUUAAAGGUCUGGUAUGAGUUUUGUUCCGUUCUUCUGCAUUAGCGGUUUCAGACAGGCAUUGGACUUGCUGCCGGAGGACAACACGUUCUUGCUUCUUGGGCCCUGAGAGGAGUGGUAUCCUAGCUGCCAUUGUCUCACUGUAAACUUUGGAAUGUUCAUCUCUUGGCCACUCUGUUCCAAUGACACCAUAACUUCAGUCGUUUGAUCUUUCAGUUCACUUUUCCUUCUCUCCCUGGAACACGAAAAGCAAGUGGCCUAAAUCCGUGAGGAAACAGAUUUGAUACAUUCCAGAGAGGUUCUGUGGAUAAAUUAUGAUUAUAUCCAGUGGCUUGCUGCCCAUCUAUUUUGGAAGCCUAGGAUUGUGUUACAUCCUGGUAUUCAGUUGUAUGCUACUCCUUCAGUGGAGGAAACGAAUCCAACGGGAGCGACGGGCAAAAGCCUGGAUGGAACGGAUGAAAAUGGAAUGGUUUUUCUACCGUGCAUUAGCUCACUGGGCUGAUAAGGACACCCAGCCUGGAAUUCAAGCAGACAUUUGCAAUCUUGAGUCUGAUAGUAUCCCCAAACCUCAAGGCAGCUUCUUAUCCAGUGAGAUCACUACAGAAAGCAGUACUGAUUCCUUCCCUUCACUACCAGCAGAACCAUAUAUACCAGUGUUUCAGGAAGUACCUUGUGCCUGCGCUCUCUCUCACUUGCCCCCACUGCUUGAGCAUUCAGCUUCUUACCCUUGCUCUAGCAUUCCAGCCAAAAGCACACCAUUCAAUUCACCUCUGAAAUUUGCCAUGUUGAAAAAUGAGUCAUACCAUGAUGGUAGCAGCAUCUCUGCUUAGGAGCCAACUUAAUAGGCAGAGCAAGUCUAUGUAAUUUUAAUAGCACCCCAAUUAAAGACCAGUUUCAGAAUGUU